CGACGUUCCCAAUUCAAUCAAUCACAUUUGAUUUAGUCCUUUUCACACACACAAAAAAACGACAGAAAAGUAAAGUGUAGACGUGCUUUACAAUAGACUAACCCUGAGAGCAAACAGCAGCGCAGGGCCAACGAAACUGACAGGGACUUUUUGGGGUUUGUUGUCGGACUAAUGUUUGAAUUUGGGGUUUUACUGAUCUAUUCUAUUCUAUUCGACCUUUCUCUAACGGGACAAGUGGUACCAGGGUCGAAUAACCGGCCAGGACAAACCGUCUCAUAGCCUAGACAAUGAUGAACGGUUGUCUUAUUCGCGUGUUAAUAACAACAAUAUUGUUUUCACUCGUUGUGAAUAACACGACACGGAUAAAAAAAAAUAGCGACAAAGAAAAGUGACUUAAUUAAUUAAAUUGUAAUUAACUAGAUUCAAUAUAAGGUAGAGCCAUAUACAACGGGAAGUUGUUGAUGACCAUGGAAGACUAUGAGCGUGGUGUGGCUAUAGGAUUCAGAGGUCUUUGGCUACGGAGAAUUUGGGACUUGAAAUUAAACGACAGUUAUCAUAUGACACAUAUUAGGCUUUAUAGGACAACAUAUAGACAAUAGAUCAAGGCUAAUUAGUUACAUGACGAAGAUCAGGCAAGAAUCUGUAUAAAUACAACAACUAGCUACUAAUCUAAGAUCAUAGUUGACUUUUUUGUUGUUUACGAGACAGUCCAAUGUGUUGACCAAUCCUUAGUCUACAUAACAAUAAGAGGUAGCCUGAAUCACAUGGAUCAUUCAAACGCGCAUAUCCUUACACAUACACUCCGGCCGGUUUAUAGCACGAGGGAGUGAGUUCAUUCGCUGGACGGUUCCUCCUCUCUCCGGUCCUCUCCGGUGUGAAGUUCAAGGCGUUUUGUGUUCCUUCUCAACAAAAAAAAAAUACGACAGACGUUUGUUAUUGGUCGGUUGAGGACGUUACAUCACUCCCGGUGAUGACGCGGCCCGUGUCUUCGCGCAUCCUUUCAGCCUUCCCGCGUCUUUAAGUGAUUCUUGUCGCUCCGCGAACCGCUCCAGCCUCCCGACCGUUAGUGAGAGAAACAACCGACUAACGUUUCCUGUCUCUGAAGGAGACUGUCUCUCUAGAUUCUCUUUCUCUCUCUCUCUCCGCUCGCCGCUGUCCAGAGAAAUUAUCAUAUUUAGCACACCGGCGAACGAACGACUUUUUCUUUUCUGUAUUUGACUAAGAAGCUCAGUUUUCUUCCCGUCUAACGUUACCGAGACCCCUCGAUAUGUCCCUUUAGCUGCCCCUCGGAAUGCCAGACCAUGACAACUCAGCCCUAAGCAGACAGACCAAGCGACGCCGCGUGGACAUCGGGGUGAAGAGGACUGUGGGUAGUGUAGUCUACGCUCAGAGAACCAGAGAGACCCUCCUAUUCAACACCAUGAAUCAAUCCCACGGCCCCGAGCAGGACAGAGGCUGCUCAUUGGUCCCUCACAGUCACAGUGGGUCCAAUGGGGACGGAGAGAAGUCCAAUGUUCUCCGGAAGCUUCUGAAACGGGCUAACUCGUACGAAGAUGUCAUGAUGCCUUUCCCUGGUACCACCAUCAUCUCUCAGCUGCUGAAGAGUAACAUGGGGAAGAAUGGAGACAGCGAGGGAGGCUUCCAAGGUAGUGGCGGUCUCUCCAGCGCUGGGUCAGAUUUCCAAGCGGAGGAUGUCUGCAGUAACUCCUCCCGAGACAGAGACAGCCCCCUCGCCCCCUCUCCUGCCCCCUCCUCCCCCUGCCUCCCCCCCUUCGGCCGCCCCCCUCCCCCCCACCCCUCUCUUACCCCUCUGGACCUGGAGCGCCUCACGGACGAGCACCUGCGUGCCAAACGAGCCAGGGUGGAGAACAUCAUCCGGGGCAUGAGCCAUUCCCCCUGCGUGGCUCCACCUGCUCUCCAUCCCAGAGAGAGGGACAGGGACCGAGAGAAAGGGAACAAGACGGGGAGAAGAGAGGACAGGGAGAGGGAAAGGGACUGUCCCCCACUGCAGCCUCCCAGCCCUGGGUCUCUCUCAAGAGGGGGAGAGGGGUACAGGGAGAACAAGAGAAAGCAGCGACUCCCCCAGCAGCAACAGCAGUCCUUUACUCAGCUGGUGUGUGUCAGACAGGAGAAGAGACUAGAGGAGAGACGACAACUCAAACUACAGCUAGAGGAUAUGCAGAAGCAGCUUCGUCAACUGCAGGAGAAGUUUUAUCAGAUCUAUGAGACUGAGACUGAGGAGGAGGAGGAGGAGGAGGAGAGAGCAGGAGGAGGGGAGGAGGACGGGAACCUGUCAGAGAACAGCGUCCGCUCCGACGGUUUGGAGAACACACGCGGCGACCGCCGCGGCAACCGUAACCGUGCCGACGGUAUCUGUGAUGAUCUGUCAGAGUUGGUCGACGACCCAGGUCUGUUUCUGGACCGAGCCAGAGCACUGUUACGAGAACAGGCCCUGGUGGCUGGAGAGAAGGAGGAGGGAGAGAAGGAGGAGGGAGAGAGGGAGGGGGGAGAGAGGGAGGGGGGGAGGAGGCCGAAGAGGGAUUGGGACCGAGGGGAGAGAGGGGCAGGAGGGGGGCCGAUGCGAGCAGAGGGGAGGCAGCUAGCCGAGACUCUGAAACAGGAGCUCAACUCUGCCAUGUCACAGGUGGUCGACACCGUGGUUACCGGGUUCCAUCAUCAUCUUCAACACCAUCCCUCUCGUCACAGUGGCUCCCAGAACCCCCCCUCUGCCACUAAAGCUCCCUCACAGGCCUCCUUCCCUCGCUUCCCCCCCUCCCUCGCCACUGACUCUCGCUUCGGGGGAGUCAGCAUGAACAUGAACGGCGACAGCCCCAACUUUCACUCAGCCAAUCAGAGGCUGCCGUGCUUUGGCGACGUCAUCAUCCCGAGCACGCUGGACUCGUUCGGGGGCCUCAGUGUUCCGACGGCCGGUGACCAGACAGAAGCACUGCCUCUAGUAGUCAGGAAGACCAGCGCCGACCCACACCAACAGAACCCCUCUCUCCCUCCUCCUCCUCCUCAACCCCACCACCCCUCCCUCCAUUCCUCCCCCCUCUCUGCCUCUCUGGGGUUCUCCUCUCCCUCCUUCCGACACCCCUUCCCCCUCCCACUGAUGGGCUACCCUUUCCAUAGCUUCUCCAAAGACCAGCGCUCCUCCCCUGAGUCCAUGGACCUCUCCAGGGAAACUGUGGGGCUGCGGACCAAGAUGGUGUCGGGCGGGGGCGUCCAUUUUGUCUCCCACCACCACCACCACAGGCAGAGCUCUCCGCCCCAACAUGGAGGAGGGAGCGAGGGGCUGUCGCUCAUCAAGUCAGAGUGUGGAGACCUUCAGGACAUGGCUGAUAUAUCACCUUAUUCAGGAAGUACU